CACUUUGUCUUUUCAGGCAAUAGCCAACGCUGGAAUUUCCCAAACUGAACACACAUCAGUGUGAAGGCCGUCUUUCCUUCUGCACUUUCAUUGAUUUUAGGGAUAUGAAAGUAUCAGAAUGGCAGAAAGUGGCUCCACACUUUCUCCGCUGUCAUUGACCCAUGACCUCUGGCUUGGUUGUACAGAAUGUUGCAUCAAGAAGAAUGAAAUUACAUUUUCUUUGAAAAACGAUGAGCACAAGUGCGAUCGUAACUUUCUUCUCUGCAAGACCAAAGGGGGCACAAUAUGGAGGCCUGUUUCUCCACGGCCAACAUUUCCAACCCCAAGAGUUUAUGAGGUUUGUUGGCACUUCAAGGAGGGCAGAGGUUGCACAGUGCAUGGAAACCGCUGCACGUUUGCACGUAGCACAGAGGAGGCUGCAGUGUGGAUGUUUGAGAAGCAGCAUGGAUUCACUCACCAGCUGCUCUGCAACCGGUUGACUCCACCAGACAGGCUUCCCCAGCAGCCCCUAAAAACCUUGCAGGAGCUCAUUGCAGAAAUAGAACUGAAAGUUGUAUGUGAUCUGUGCGUCAUCAGAGUCAAGGAUAUCACGUACAAAUUACAAUCAGUUGUGCACAAGUGUAGCAGAAAACUGCUGUUAGCCAAAGGGAAAGCCUCCGAAGUCUGGCGACCUGUCUCUGAGAGGCCUACUGGUGGGCACAUGGGUCCAAACGUUCAUUACAAAGUGUGUAACUUCUAUGUUGAAGGCUCUGGUUGCCCACAGCAUGUGGAGGGUCGGGGAUGCAGCUUUGCCAGGACCAAUGAAGAAGCUACUGUGUGGAACUAUACAAGAGAGAAACAGAUCCUUCAUGCUGAUCUUCUACGACUGGUGUCUGAGUCUGAGGGUACUUCCUCUACUCCAGAAAUUGCAGCGAAGAAGAUUCUGCAGCAGUUUUCUGGUGAAUUCUUGGAGCUAUGCAAAGACUGCUUUCGCGCCCGCCCUCAAAUGCUUGCCAAAAAACGAUGGAGUACCUUCUGCUCUGCGGAUGCAUCCCACCCCUGGGAUCCAGUCCUAGUUCACCACCCACCAAAAACUGACACAAAGUGUGUAUACAGCCAGGUUCGCCCUCUUCCACCAAACUGCCAGUUUAAGUACUGCGGACACAUUAGAGAGGGCAAACCGUGCUGGCACCAGCCUGGCCACUGCCGCUCAGCCCAGAGUGAGGUGGAGAUGGCCGUGUGGAAGGCAGAGCACAGUGGCCUCGAUGUUCGACCUCACCUGCUGCAGCUGAGCGGAUCAAACUCUGCAAAGUCCAAAGAGGUCACCAUGUUCUGCAAGGUCUGCCUGCUAGAGAUGACCUCCCCAGAGAGUUUUUACCAGCACUGCUCCUCGCAGGAACACGCCCAGCUCCUCGCACACAACACCACCACCAGGUGGACAAAGCGCAGGCCUCCACACAGCCGCAGGGCUGAGUUCUGGCUGUGCGACAGACCACAGACAUGCGAGUACGGCCACAACUGUCCCAAAGCUCAUUCUGAGGAGGAACUGAAGGAGUGGAUGAUGCGAGCUGCAGAGGAGCGGGAGAUCAGGAACACUAUGGAGACUGAGGGCUUUGUGUCCUACAACCAGAGACUCUUGGAAGAGUACACUCAGAGCAGCAAUGAGGAGUACAUUAUGUCUGAGCAGGUUGAUGAUGUCAGCAUCUGCUGUGAUAAAGAUCUAACAGUGGAGCUAGAGAACAUGGAUGAACCACUGAGGUGGACAUUCAAAGUUGAGACUGAGAGACAGCUGCAGCAUGUGGCACUCCUGAAGCAGGAACCUGGAGCUGCCUUCAGCCUCAGUGACAGCAGCUCCAUGUUUUACUCACCAGGAAACAGGUUUUGUACUGAAGACAUGUGCUUCAACAUCACUGUGUCCUUUACAUGCAGCCACCCAGGACUGUAUGUGCAGUGGCUGGUGCUGGAUUUUGACAUGAGGCCAGUGCUCGUAAGGAAACUCAAGGUCCGAGUAGGCCUCCUUUCAUUUGAUGAUGAUGACCCACCAAGCUGGAAUCCUGGUGCCAUGUUUCAGAGAACCGAGCGCUGGAACAGAGACAAUAGAGUGAUAAUCCCCUGUUCAUCACGAACAGAAGAGGAAGAGAAAUUGUCAAAGGAGUACAAGCUUCCUCAAAUGAACUCUUUCCGCAAGUACUCCCAAACUAAGCAACCUCUUUUAAACGACAAGAACUACAGGGAGUGGAUGCACCAAUUCCUUUAUGCUGAAGAACAAGCACGGAGCCAGAUUGUUUCAAGACUGAACAUUUGUGGCAAAAUCACAACCAUGGCUAUACUGAUGAGUCCUAAGUUUGGGAUGGAGUUUGCUCUUCAAGGGGAAUUGUUCGGUGUCAUCUCAGUUCCUUGCAAGUUGACGGUGGACAGUCCAGAAGGUCUGGUUCUGAAACAAAGCAUUCACUCAGUUUUAAUGGGCCCGGUAAACACAAACCAUCCACAAGCCAAGGUUUAUGAAGCAAGCAUUCUGCCUGGCAAAACUAAUGAAAGCCAGAUCCAUCUGAGGCUGUCCAAACAAUGCUGCUCUGAUCUAGCACUGAAAAAGAAUGAGACAUAUAAAAUGGAGGUGCAGUUUCAGCUUGACUGCUACAGCUUUGGCAUUUGGCACAAAGCCGCGGAUCUUCUUCCUGACACAACAAGAGUCCUGCCCAACUUUGGGAACUGUGGGGUUCCUGUUGGCAAUGUAACCUUUGAGAAGCUGAACCCAAAGCAGCAAUCAGCGGUUGACUUCAUUCUAGGGGAUUGCAACGGCAAAAAGUUUGUGGCACCUCUCCUCAUAUAUGGGCCUUUUGGAACAGGAAAAACCUUUACCCUUGCUACAGCAACCAGGGAGCUUUGUAAGAAUCGUCAGAACAAAGUGCUGAUCUGCACCUACACCAACAGUUCUGCUGAUCUUUACAUCAGAGACCAUUUCCAUCCAAUCAUCAGCAAUGAAAAGGAAGGACUGCGGCCGCUUCGUAUUAAAGCAAACAAACAGGGGAAGGCCUUGAAGAUAACACAUGAGAUCACUUUGAAAUACUGUCUUCUAUCUAAAGACAAGCAGCAGUUUCUGCUCCCCACAAAAGAUGCUCUGGAUGCCCACAACGUAGUUGUAACAACUACAAGCAUGGCAAAACAUUUUCAUGACCUGAAGCUUCCAGAGGGAUACUUCACCCACAUUCUUAUUGAUGAGGCCUCUCAGAUGCUUGAGUGUGAAGCUUUGCUGGCUCUAAACCUUGCUGGGUCAAACACCAGGGUUGCUUUAGCAGGAGAUCACAUGCAAAUGGGACCCCAGCUCUUCUCUGUGGAUGAUGACCGCCGUUCUGAGUACACACUUCUUACACGCUUGUUCCAUUACUAUCAAGGCAAACAUUGUGAUGCUGCACAGAGAAGCCGCGUCAUUUUCAGCGACAACUACCGCUCCACUAAAGAAAUUGUAGACUUUGUCUCCACCCAUUUCUAUGUUGGUAAAAUGAAUGCCAUCAAGGCUGCUGGAAAUGUUCCACCUCCAGCAAAUAACCACGCCCUGAGAUUUCAUCAUGUUAGGGGAGACUGUGUCUUGGACACCAUUUCUAAGUCUUGGUGGAACAAGCAAGAAAUCCUGGAAGUGGAAAAUGUGGUGAAAGAUAUUUUGGAACAGUGGCCAUCAACCUGGGGGCCAAAGGAGCAAAGAUCUAUCUGCGUCCUGUCAGAAGGCGCUCAGGUUUGGCGAAUUAGAAAAAAGCUUUCAAAAACAUUCCCUGACAUUACUGUUGAAACUCUGGCAAAUGUUCAAGGGGGACAGUUCAGGGCAGUUAUAAUGACAGCUGUGCAAACCCGGGACAGUCUCCAAUCUUCCCAUGUGCCUGGUCUGCCCCUGUUUAGUGAUGCCCGUGUGCUCAACACUGCAAUGACCAGAGCUAAGUCUCACAUAGUUGUAGUUGGUGAUGCUGCUGCCCUUUCCACCUUUGGAAAAUGUUCAGGAAUCUGGAAAAGCUUCAUCGACCACUGUAUCAGCAACAACAGUGUUGGACCCCAACAUUACACCAAGGACUUCUUUGAAAGAGACGUCAUGGAAACUGUCAGAUUUCAAAGGUGUGAAGAUGUGAGUGACAACCAUAUUCUCAAUGAUGCCAUUCUUAAAGAACUAAAAGAUGAGUAUGAACAGCAGCAAACAGAAUACAGUUCAGAUGAAGAGUCAAGUGAGCCACAAAACAUCCCCAGUGAUGUGAAUGGUCUCAUUGAAUUAUGUGAAACACAACCAAGAAAGUACAAACAGGGAAAGUUCUUCAGGGAGGCUUACAACAGAGGCCAUGUGAAACUCUUAAAUAAUACAGGCAAACAAAUUAGCAUUGUUGGACAAGCCAACAUGAGACAGGCGUUCACUGGAGAUGAGGUGGUCGUUCAGAUAGAGAGAGAAGAACAAAACUCAACAAAUGGGGGAAAGGUGGUUGGUAUCAUCAGAAAAGACGAAAACGCCCGUCAGCUUGUGUGCCAUCUAGAGGAAGAAGAUCACACUAAGAGAACUAUGGGUUCUAUAAGCAAAUUUGUCAAAAGGACAAUGAUACCUGUCGAUAAAAGAGCCCCCAAGAUAUGCAUUUGUAUCAACAAAAAACGACGGAACUUCAUUCCAGUUUGGGAACGAAGUGAUGGAACUUGGACUUUUGCACACACUCAGCAUUCAAAAGAAGUUAGAGACUGUGUCUUUGUUGUCCAGAUUCUGGACUGGAAAAAACAAUGUUUGAAUCCUAUAGGAAGAGUCAUAGAUAUUCUUCCAGAAAGAGGGCCUUUUGAUGACAGGCUUUGGCUCCUGAAAAAGGAGUUUGGAGUUGCAGCCCCUUCAUAUAAGAGCUUUGAGUUGACAGAAGAGGAUGUAACUGAAAGACGCGUUGAUUUACGAAGAAAAAUUACAUUCACUGUUGACCCACCUGAUGCAAAAGACCUGGAUGAUGCCAUCAGUAUCAAAGAUCUUGGAGACAUUUAUGAGUUGGGAGUUCAUAUUUCAGAUGUGGCAAGCUUUGUGAGGGCAAACAGUCACCUGGAUAGGUAUGCAGAAAAACGGGGUUCAACAUAUUACAACAGAGGACAAAAACCUACACAUAUGUUUCCUGAAAAGUUAAGCACAGGACAUUUCAGUCUUCUGUCAGGCCAGGACAGCAGGGUGAUCUCCCUGAUGUUCAAAGUUGAAAAAGAAACACACAAAAUCAUUGAUGAGCCCACAUUUCAACUUUCCCUGAUUAGCUCCAACAGGCAGCUGUCAUAUGAAGAGGCAGAGAAAAUUAUCACCGAAAACUACAUGGAGGGGUCCAGGUUUGACACAGUGGAAGACUGUCUGACUGUAGCCUACUGUUUUGCCAAAACACAAAGAAGAGCUAGACUUGAAGACUGGGCUUAUUCUCAGUCUGAUGAUGACAGAGUGCCUGGGAGGCGCAAAGCUCGUCUGAUGAUUGAAGAACUAAGCGUGUUAUAUAACAAACAUGCUUCUGAGUAUUUGACCGACUCCAUGAAAACCAGGUUAUACACACCCCUACGCUGUCAGCAGGAACCAGAUCUUGAGAAAGUGGAGAAAUUCAAGGAGAAUUGCAAACAUCUGAUUCCCUUUUCUUUUCAUGUUAAUCCCAAAGUUAAGAUUGACGAACCAACUAACAGUCUUGAAGGCUUUCAAGUACUCACAAAAGUAUGGACAGACAUCCAAGCAGCUGCCAAAGAAAAUGACCUUGACAAAAUGGUGGACCUUGUUGCUGCAGAUGACAUUCAUCCUCAGCUUCAGAAAGUCAUCAAUCAGUUCAAGAGGUGCUCCAACAAAGCUUAUGUGAUCCGUUCAAACUCCAGCCCACAAGCCAUGGUUGGACAUUACUCUCUGAACAUUAAAAACUACACACAAGCCUCAUCACCUAUAAGACGCUACAUGGAUAUCAUCUUGCAAAGACUUUUGCACUGUGUCAUAUGCAAUAAGACUAAUCAGUACACCCGAGCACAGAUUACAGACAUGUGUAGUCAGUUUCAGGAAAACCUCACCAAAGCCAGAGUCUAUGAACAAAAAGCUGAAGAGCUGGCCUUUACAGUCAGUACAAGACAUCAAAAUCCCCCAAAGCUUGCUAUAAUCGUUCAUACUGAUGAGGAUGGAGACGGCUUUGAAGUGAUGUUUCCCUUUAACAGGAGCGUUUUUCAAAGGAGUAUGCCAAUUAGGUAUGCAGACUUGCAGUUAGAGGACCAGCCUCUUUUUAAUGAUGCAGAUCACAGUGUCACUCUCAAGUGGAAAAAACGCAUCUGCAUAGCAGAGUCCUCAAAAGUCCAGCUUAACCUGAACACAACGCCAGACUGUGGUCCUUGUGUCAAGAUUCCUUUAAAGGCAUGGAGAGAUGCAAUGGAGGCAAUUGGAAAUCAAGAUUUAGAUCGUGCAAAGUCUCUCUUGUUGGAGGUGAACACACAACCCUGGGACAAUCCCAUGCCACUGCCUCCCACACCUCCUGUCUCCAAGAGCACCAAUUGUUUUUCCCCAGAAAAACAAGAAGUAUCAAAAAAACUCAGUGAUUCCUGGAAAAAUGUGGACCUCCAUUUGAAGCCAGGGGACCGCCUUCAGAUCCAGAUGACAUCUGAAAAACGACGAGGUUUUCACACACCCACAAUCCAGCUUGUGCACAUCAAACAACAUUUUGAGAUCUGUAUAGACCACAUUCACAGACCUGUUGAGUGCUUCUCCAAACCUUCAAGAGAUAAGUCAAAUAUUUUUUAUAACAAUGUCAACCAGUAUAAAGAGAUCUGGAAACCUUUGUGUGAGAUGGAAUCAGCCUCAACAGCUGUGGAUGACUGUGAAAGUGUUAUCAUUGAGAACCUGGAGAUCCGCUUCUCUCAGACACAGAAAGACAAGCUAAUAGGAACGUUCUUUCUACCAGAACUGUGGACCAGAGAAUUUGAGUUUAGCCUUGGACAUUGUUUCCUUUGCAUUCGCAAAAGAAAUUUAGAGCUGACUACAACCUCAGAGUUUUCUACACAAGUAGAUCCAACUCAAUUCACAUGGGUGGCACAUGGAGUCACAAGCAAAGUAGAAGAAAAACAAGAAGGCAAAGUAAAAACUGGCAGCAAUGUUGACUUCUACAUUAAUCACCUUCCAAUGGAAAACAUUCCCGACAGCAUUUUUCAGAGAAACACUUGCUUCACAGUCGAAAUUAUCCCCAAACUCCUACCAGACAUUCGGAAAGACGGUGCAGUUGUCAGCCUUGGAAAAGCCUGUGAUCUGGUGAAGAACAUAAUUCUCAGAAAACGGAUAAAGAAAGAAGUUGUACAAUCUGAUAUGCUGAGAUGGAAAGUCAAGAAAAGAAAACUCCUAGGUGACCUGCCGGAGCUUAAUGACAGUCAAAUUCAGGCUGUGACAACAGCCAUCAAGGAACCUUUUACACUUAUUCAAGGACCACCUGGAACUGGAAAGACAGUGGUUGGUGUGUACAUUGUGCACUGGUUUUUCCAAAUGAAUUCUGAGACACCACGAAUCUUUGAUGACCCAAAAGACGAACACAGGAAAAAAAAAGAAGUCAUUCUCUACUGUGGCCCAUCCAACAAGUCUGUUGAUGUUGUGGCAGAGUACCUGAUGAAGGUAAAGGGAAAUCUCAGACUCCUCAGGGUCUACAGUCACCAAGUGGAAAUGCUUGACUAUCCCCACCCAGAUAGCAUCCUCCAGUUUUCAAAGACACUCCGCCAAGAUCGCUCCAAACCAGAGCUCAGGAGCAUCACUCUUCAUCACCUGAUGCGGGAGCCCUCAAAUCCUCAUGCAGAUGACAUCAAAAAAUUUGAUGAGCGUAUUAGACAAAAUGACGACUUCACCCAAAGGGAGAUUAAAGAAUGCAAAGACCUCCUCAACAAAGCUCGGGUGCAUGAGCUUGAACGGCAUGACAUCAUAUUGUGCACGUGCACACAGUCUUCCACCCCUAGCCUGAUUCGGUCUGUCAGUGCACGUCAGAUCCUCAUUGAUGAAUGUGCCAUGGCUACCGAACCACAGGCACUGAUACCACUAGUCUGCAACAAACCAGAGAAGGUUGUUCUGAUUGGAGACCAUAAACAGCUUCGGCCCAUCGUGAAAAAUCCGAACGUGAAGAAACUUGGGAUGAGCAGGUCUCUCUUUGAGUCCUACUUCAACCAGAUCCACCAGAACAAGGCUGUGAUGCUGGACACCCAGUACAGAAUGCAUGAGGAGAUCUGCAAGUUCCCAUCAGAGAAAUUUUACGAGGGAAAGUUGAAGACAGGUGUGGAGCGGCCCGCCAGCGUCCUGCGUGUUGACGACAGGGUGAUGCCUGUUGUCUUUGGUCACAUAGAGGGGAAGACCAUCAAGCAGGUGGUCAAAACUGCCAAAGGGAACACCAACUCUAAGGCCAACUACGAGGAGCGAGACCAAGUGGUAGAGAUUGUUAAAAUGUUGGUGUAUAAAGCAAAAGUGGAGAAAAGAAGCAUUGUGGUUCUGUCCCCCUACAAUGCUCAAGCGUCGGAGAUCAGAAAGGAGCUCAAAGAGAGCUGUUUGGGACAAAUUACUGUAACUACCAUCACAGAAAGCCAAGGGAGUGAAUGGAGAUAUGUCAUUUUGUCAACGGUGUGCUCGCUCCCGAGUGAAGAGAUCCCGGCUCAGCCUGACGGCGCCUGGUUUUCCGAACACAUAGGCUUUGUGGGGGACCCCAACCAAAUUAACGUGGGCAUCACCAGGGCCAAGGAAGGCCUGUGCAUCAUAGGAAACCAGAAGCUGCUGGAGUGCAGUUGGAUGUGGAGAGACCUCCUGGCUCACUACCGACGUCACAAUGCCGUGACCGAAGCAAAUAAGAUCUCAAUUAAAAGAAGAAUCUGAUCUCAA